CUCGGCGGACAAAUGCGUAUCCGCUCUCCAUUUGCUCACUGUACGAUCGCGUGGCAUUUUGAAUAAACGCUUGCCCACUUUCCUCAAGUGAAUUUGUCCCGACCCGAGAUUUUCGCACCACUCACCACGACGUUAAAUGAUGCCACUUUUCAUGUGACUGGCUUGCGCCAGUGCCUCUAGCAUGCACGUGCGCAUGCAUGGCAUAAACGUAACGGCUUGAACGGCACCAUGAAGGCAGGAGACAAUAAACUGCUUGCGCAGAAAAGCCACUACGUCUAUGAUUCGCCAGGCCUUUAAAAAAUAUAAACACCGCGUGACCGAUCCUCCGGCAAUCUAGGUCUGGCACCAUCACAGCAACGCCUCACAAAAAACGUCACGCUUCUGAACGGUGGUCACCAACUCUCCCUCCCCUCCCGCCGUCCCGCUUUGUCUUCUGUGACGACCCACGCAUUGUCUCAAGAAACGCGAUCCCGUUCACACUGCAUGCGCCAGCAACGUUUCUGGUGCAAAAAGCCUUUCAAGUGAAUCGCACUGAUACACUGCUCUGGGGGCUGGCUUUUGCUGCUUUACCGUCCUUCUGCCUGCAAGAGGCCCCCUGGUAGCUAGCAGCUGAACAUGACGGAGAUGAACACGAUUGUGCGGUAGUUCGACGAACGACAACUAAAACUGCGGGAGUGACUUGAACACGAAAAGCCUUCUGUAAAAAGAUGCAAUGAGGCAGCGACCACACAAGGAUGCAUGCAGUGCACUUUCGCAGUAGCUCUUGUUGCAUCGUUGCGGCACAAGGUGACUUUUGUGGCGCGAGGUCUCGUUUCGCUCUUUUCUACUGACGAGCUUUCUCUCGAUUCUUCGGUUACACGUUCAACCUAGAUGCUCAGAAAAAUCGGGCUCGUCGGCUGCUUCCUAGCGCGUCCACCAGCCGCCCCGAGGUGACUGUUGGAAAGAAUCACUUUUUUAAGAGUGAAAGUCGCACAGCACCACUUCUCACACCGCUUAUUCCGCGGCUUUCGCGGUUAGACUCCGUGGCUCUGUAUCCGUGCCUCAAGCGUUGAACGACUUAUCUUGUGAAUUUACCGCGAAGCAAAUGAGGCAUCCUAGCGAAGUUCCUCCACAGUCGCCCUUGCAGCUCCCUGUUGACUGCUUGCUUGGUGGCUGAUCCAUGUAAAAGAGGACACAGUGGCACCUUUUCAGGAGAAGCGUCAGAUUUGGAUUCCCCAGCAACGAAGCUGUAAAGAAAACAGAGACCUGAUCUUGGAGCAUCAUGCGCCGCGAGCAGUUCGCCUGUCGUCUGACUCGUCUUCCUUUCGAUGCCUGCGCUCUGUCGUGCAACUCUCAUCUGCUUCAGCUGCAAUGCCAAGCAAGCCAGCAAGUUUGAGGCUGCCAGGACAGCAAUGUCAGUGCAAUGACUUCGAAAAUAGCGCGCUGAAACUUCUUCGCUGUUCUCCCUGAGUCGGUACACCUGCAUUCGUAGGUAAAUCGACAGGUUGUAGCAGCUCUUCUCCUCCAAAGCAGGCACAAACGUGUUGAUCUGUUGUCAUUUCACACUCAAGAGUUGCCUUCGCGCCACCACAGUGAGACUGGUUAUGGUCCCGUGUAUUUUAUGGAUUCUUUUUCCUACUGGCAGUCAAAGAGAAAGACUUCUCAGACGAUAGAAUGAGCAAUGCCCGCGUUUUGGGAGCCGUAAUUUUUAAGACAGGAUUACUCACGAACUUUCACUGCGACGGAAAAGUCACAGCUUGGACAGGGGCACUUUUCAUAUUUAAUACAUACAUAUAUUUGUAUAUAUAUAGAUAUAUAAUUCAUAUCGAAACAGUGGCGGUCUAACGUUGACAGUUUCGUUCCUCGAGGUGCCCUCUCGACUUUCGUGAUCUGGCGCAUGAGCAUUCCAGGACUGAGCAGAUACGAUGGAGGAGGCGCAGUGUACACGUUCCCUUCAUGUCAACAACAGACCGGUCUUCUCGGUGUCCGUAAGAGACACUCAAUCUUGCGGCGAGAGAGACGACGCCCGGGAGAGAGGAAGCGAAGACCAAGACGAACACGAGUCAGAGAGAGUAGACUGGAGGCUCUUGUUGAGCGACGUGGCGAAGCAUAGAAAGCCAAGAGGGUCUAUCAUUCAACGGCCCUUCGACACCAUGGGAGGUGCUUUUCUCGGCUACAGUCAGCCAACUGUUCCACCCUUUUCCUCUGCGUCCUUCGUCUCUUCAUUAGCGUCGUCUCGUGGCCUCGAUAGAACGAGCAACAUCCCGUUUCCUGAACAGUUGAUCUCGUCACUUCCAGACGCCUUCCGGCUUGGAGCCCUCUCCACUACCCAUUUGUCUGUGGAGGCGCGAGAGGACUCACGGCACCCCGGACAUCUGAUCCACGACGUGGACACUCUUGGAUUUCUUGAAACGGCGAGGAUACAUAAGGGUUCUCGCAUGCCUCCCCGGCUCUGCAACUCUCCUUCUACCUCUUCGCGUGGGCCUCUCGGUCCUAACACAACGAAGUGCUCAGACGCACGCGGACAGCCGCUUCCAGAAGCCCGUUCCCCAUCUUCCUCGAAUUGUCAAGUCCCGACCUCACCACAGCCUGCGUCUGUCGUCAUGCGUAGAGAGCCCAAUCCCCAAGCCGGCCUUUUUCCCUGCCGCGUCUUUCCCCCUCUCUCUUCUGGGAAUGAAGUCAGAUUCCCCGCUUCCCCUGCGAAAUCGGGAGGAGUUUUGAGUUGCAGAAAGGCCGGUCUGUCCUCUCCAGAGAGCCUCGUCUUCUCGCUUGCUCAUCCAGAGCAGACAAUGCAAAAUCGCGAGUCUCCCACGACGCACGACUCCUCCGAGUUUUGCUCGCCUGCAGGCACGUUCUCAGGACAGAGGCGCUUCCCCGCACACAACGCGGGCUGUCAUGGCUCCUCGCAAGAAACUCCAGCGGCUGUUUCCAAAGAGUCAUGGAACGACGAGGGAGACGACUUUGUGACGGCAGCUCUGCUGCAGGGUGGAGAGUGCAGUCGUGCACAGCUGGCUUUCUUGGAGGAAAUGAGUCGUCAAGAAGAGAAGAGAUUCGCGUCUCUUAUCAGGCUUCAAGAAGCAGCUCUGGCUCUAAAGGCGGUAUCGGGGCCUCCCCUGUUCGAACGGCGCGUGACACCGGCUUCUGAAGCCAGGGAACUGGAUCUGUCUGUUGCGGGGAGACUGGGUCGUCGGCCGCGACUAGGAGAGCCCGCAAAGGAGAACAGGCUUCUACCUCAGUCUGAGGAGAAACGCGAGAGCCAGGCAGAAACAGAGCGCGAUGGAAGAAGGAGCGAGCAGGAAAACAGGACAGCGGCGAGAGGGAGACACGAGCCAUUGGAGUUGUUCUUUCCAGCUCAGAACAGAAAUCGUUUCGUACAGGGCAUACCACUAGGAGAGACACCGUGUCUAGUUCCAGGUGAUGUUAACAUGCAGGCAUUAAGCAUCCCCGCUACUCACACUUCUCUCUCGCCGAGGCGUGUAGCCCGUGGCUGGACCGCUGCGCUGGAUUGUGGACUCACGACUACCUCGACAACAAGGCUUUUUGAUGAAGAAACAACGACUCCAAACUCCUCUGAUCUGAAGCAGGAGAAAGCUCUUCUGCCUCGCUGGGACUCAAACAGUCUCGCCAUCCUUGCGUCGGCCUUAGCCAAGACCCUCGUAGCUUCUCCCCGCAUCUUGAACGAUCGCUGCCGCUCCUCCAGAUCAAGCGAGAAGAAGAGCCGACACCCUUUCGACGAGCGCGGAGGAGGCGGGAACGAGGAGGACUCGAGACAUGCGAGAGAGAUCAGGCUGGACUUCGCUUCUGCUGUUUCUCCCCAGAGACCGCGACACGAGGAAGCACCAGAAAGAACGACGUCACAGAAAAAUGAUGAGCACGAGGGAUGGUGUCCAAUUGCGGGGCAGAGCGACAGAAGAGACGCGCGAAGAAUGGAUAUCGACAGACGAAAACACAGUUCCCACGAGCGAAGAGGAAUGUCCACCUCGUUCCUCGAUUCGUGGCUCCGUCUCUGUGCCGCGGAUCCCCUGUUUCAACGCCUGAAAGACAAUCGGUUCCCUUUCAACAGAGAAAGCGCCCGUCCCGUGGACGCCGUUCAGCAAGAAGGAAACGCGGGUGGAGAGGGCGCAGUUUCUUCCGUUGGCGGAAUCGCGGGUGUCACGUCAAGCCGUUCCUCUCAUGUGCGAGGUCGCAGUCCUGCAUACGUCUUUGCUUCCCCGUUGUCGCUGAAGCGAAGAGGACUUGCUGUCUUCCCAAAUGGAGGCCAGCAAGGCGCCGGAAACCGACAACGACGAGGUUUCUCUGGGGACGCGUCCGGGGGUGGUGUCUCUUUGUUCUCCCUUCCACUCAGAUCUAAAUGCUCCUACAAGUUCGAACGCUGUGGAGUCGGAAGGACUGCUUUUCCUUCCGAAAACGAGGCUCGAAAGUCCCGGCGAAGCCUGACGGGCUGUCGCGUCAACGACGGGGAGGGCGGCGGCCGUACAUCUCGCUGCAUGGCGGCGGGCGAAACCCAGAGAGAGAUGGAGAUGCCUCACGGUGACCGACAGUUUUUCAGGCCUCAGUUUGGCGCCGAUGAGAAACUCCAUUCCCUCUCGUCUGUCCUCCGUUUUCCAUCUGUUCGUGUACAUUCCGUUCCCUCGGGGCGCCUCCCAGAACGGCAGAGAAGAAACGUUUCCGUUCUUCCUCGUCUGCUUUCCAGCGUUCCGCCGUCUUUCGAGGGAACUCCACACCUCCAUCUGCACCUCUCCCAUGUUGCUGUUGCAUCUCAACUGAGUCUCUGCAUGCAGCCGUCGGCGCGCGUGCUGCUCUGCUGCAGCGUGCCUGUCUCCGUCGUCGGAGUGGUUUCAACGAACGGGCGAGAGACGGGAAGAGGCGGAGGGCCUGGGGGCCUCAGUCGCCCAGUAGCGUGCAAGGCGCUUUGCCGAGAAGCGGAAGGCGAACCUCUCGUUGAGGAAGACCUUGUCCUCGCUCACUGCGUGAAGAGGGAAAGAAAACGCUUAUUCUUUGACAAUGCAAGCUCCCACGCUCUACGCCUUGGACCUCCUUCCCCAGCUCUCGCUCGCGCUGUCCUCCGCGCUUCACAGAGACAUCCCUUUUCGUCUUCUUCCCAUUCGCACUAUUUUUCUUCUUCCUCGUCUUCUUGUUCUGCGUCUGGUCUCGGGCUUCUGUCUGAAGCCGUGGCAGCUUCGGUGCUUCUGCGUCAGCCACUGCGCUUCCUGCUUUGCGCGUCGAUGCGCGACGGUCGAGCGUCGGGGAUUGCAAGAGAGAAUGUCUCGGUGAAUCCUCGGGGUAUAUUGACCUCUCGGCACAACGGCAGCUGCCUCGAGAGACAGAAAGCGAAGGACAAAGAGAGCGACAGACUCAGGCAGUGGGGCUGGAAACAUGCGUUUCCUGCCGCAGAGCCGACACUGGCUGUCCUCGCUGUAGGUACCCUCGACACGUGGAGUGGAACCUUGCUGACGAAUUGCCGCAAAGGAGAUCACAGACUUCUGUCUCUCGCUGUCGACCUCCACGAGCUCUCGAGUCUGGUUCCAGGCCGAGCAAGCGGUGCGCACCGCUCGAAAAAAGGAGACACUCCCCGGACAGUGCAGGCGCGGGAGCGAGAAGCACGAGAAGAAACGGAGAACAAAGUGGAACCGAGGAAACCUGAAGUGGAAACGCAGAGAACGACACGGAGACAGGUAGAUGCGUGUGGACCGAAGAGUGCAGCAAGUGAGAGGAAACUGCCCGUGGCAAGGUUGCACAUUGCCAUCGCUUGUACAGGCGUAGGAGGAGAAGAAGCCAGCGAAGAAGAACGAUGUGGGGCAAGAAUAGAGAAUGCAGGUGUGGAGAGCCUGCCUAAGGCUUUGAGAGUCGAAGAAGGCAAGGACGAAGAUGACGGUUGUCCGCUCGGGUCGUCGAACGAUCUCCCUCGAAUACAGCGAGGACGGGAUGGGCGCCUUCGCAGUGAAGACGAAGGGGCUGGAGAGCAAGUUGAUAAGGACAAACGGAAUGCAGGGAUAGUGUGGAAGAACGAGAGGGGGACUGGCCUUGAGACGGAAAAAGAGAACAGAGAGAAUCGAGGAACAUCUCGACCCAAGAAAGCAAUUGACGUCGAGGAUUGUAGGGAGAGCAGGCAAGAAGCGAGUGCAGAAGACGGAGAUCUCGGGGGCUCGCUGGCCCCCUCAAUCCCUCCAUUACCGCAUGCAGUUCCGCACCUCGGCGGCAAUUCCAGGGUGUCUUCCUUCUCGUCCUCUCCUUGCUCACUGUUUAUGUCUUCGACGACAGAGGCAUCUCAGCUUUCGCUCUCCACUUCGAAUGCGGCGCAGGCGUUCUUCCGCCCUCUCCACCUUCUCGUGCAUGUCGGCGAGUGCUCCUUUCUAAGCCGCUUGAGAAGCAGAAUCGAUACGAGAGGCAGGGCUCUGCUGCCCUCGCCUCAGGCGGUGUUCUGCGCAUGCAAACUGGAGGGAGAACACCCAGAACGGUCUCGCCUGGUGCCUGUGUCUUGUUCUCCGACGUUGAGGACAGAGAGACAUAGAAAGCGAAACUCGGCUUUGGGGGACGGGAAGGAAAGGAGAAAAACGACGCGUCUCUCACAUCGCUCCGAUUCGUUGUCAGAGUCGUCACACGCUGGGAGCCCAAGGCGGCAGCGUCCCGUAAGGCGAACUGGAGAAAACGAAAACGAGAAUUUCCACUUUACUGCACUUUCAAAACGCCCUUUUUUCUGGCCCUCGUGUCGAAGCCGUGGUACCCGCAGAGUCCCUGCAUCUUCGGUGUCUCAGACGGAGGACACCAGUGCAACACUCAAGACCGCUUCCGAGAAACUCGUGGAAGGAGCGUCCGUUUUCGAGAGAGCUUCGCUUUCCUCGGACGUCCAGACAGACGAUGCACUCUCUCCCCCACAACGCCCAGUCUCCAUCAGUCUCUGGACCUGCCGCACAAACACAGUCGCUAUCGAGUUCUGGGCGACGAGCUAUCCACGGAGUCCAGACCGCGGAAGGUACACAGACACCGGAGAGUCUGUCCAGUGUACAGACACUCGAGAAACUGCAGGAGUCGCGGCCGCAGCGGAGUGUCUCGGCUUUCUCACGUGCGACGUGGCAGGCGCAUUCGAUAGAGCCAUUUCAGUUCUUUGCCGCGCGUCUCCGCCCCGCGAUUGCUUUCCGCUUCUCUCUUCAAGGGAAUGCUCGCAAGAGGCACAGCCAGCGACGACAAACAGGCCCCGAGGCCAGCGGACGUUCCAGUCGAGUGUUUCUCGCCAACCCCCUGGGCGUCAGGUGGGCUCCGGACCUGACGUUGUUCUCCUCGAACGCGGCGAGAAGAUCUUAAGAGAAUUCCCAGAAGACGCAGCUCUUGCUCGCUGUCGCGUCGCGCUUUACGCAGGUCCGAAGGAGGCCCUCGAGACGCUGGCGGGUUUGCUGUCUCUGGAGACAAAGACAGAGCUUGCCUCGACCUCCGGUCGCUCCGGAAGCAGGUCACAUGAAGAUGUGAAACACGAAGACAAAGGAAAGAGAUCGGAAGAGGCGCGACUGUCUUGGGGAAGAAGGAGAGGAAGGCGGCCAUGCAGACGAUGCUGCACAGGUUCGUCAGCGCGACGAAGAAGCGGCGACGGCGAGGAAGGACGCAGAACAGACGACGACGCCGACUUCGAGCCUGUGUCGAAGAACGGCGAGGGCAGCGAGGGCAGUGAGGGCAGUGAGGGCGGCGAGGGCAGCGAGGGCGCUGUUAGGGGGGAAACAGUGGCAGACAGCGAGGAGCAGCUGAGAGAAAACGCCGAUCCAUUUAUUGAAAUUGCCAAGUUGGAAGCGCUUUUCGGAGUCUCCGAGGACACGACAGCGCAAAGAGAAAGAAAGCGACGCGCUAUCGCAGAGAGACCAGCAGCGGCAGAGGGUAGGUCUCUAUUGACUCGGGAGAGAGGAGACGACGAGGCCGAGUCAGAAGAGAAGAGGCAAACCGCAAGAGGAGAGGACACUGAAUCCUUGCCCAAAGAGAGCAGGAGCAGAUGUUGGAAGACAAGUGCAGAAACGCCGAGAACCUCGAAUGAACGUGAUCGACGCCGUUUGCUUGAAAGCGUUCACCGGCGCCUCCUGCGAGACUCACUGAGAGGAAACGACGUCUGGCCAGUCUGUUGGGAGAGGUGUGACAGGCAUCCUUCGGGAGAGAUAGAGAAAGAAAACGGAAGCCAGAGGGGCAUACGAGAGACAGAAGCGGUGCGCCUGCAACGGGGAGGGGCGAAGGAGGAAAACGAUGAAAAGAAACGGGACAGCGACUUGCGGACGGAGCGGAGGAAGGGGGCGAAAGAGGGUGGAGAUGGACGAACAGAAGACAGAACAGCAGACUCAGAAAGGGGAGAACGAAUUGAGCGUGGAGGACGUGACUGGGAGCUUCUAGAAGAAGUGAGCUUGCCAUUGGGCCGAGGAGACAGGAGUCGAGAACACAACUGGAAAUGCAUAGGGAGAGGAAAGGCCAGGAGCCUCAAUUCCAAGGAAUGCCUUGCUGCCGAUGCACAGGAUGCCUUCGUUCAGUGCAACCUCGUCAGUGUGCGCCUGGCUUGCCUGGGAUUCACUCACCGCGAAACAACAGCUUUCCUGGACCAUCUCGUCGACCUUAACUCGUCGUCCUUUCUUUGUUCGGUCGGGUCCUGCCCGUCACCCUCCUGCUUUUCUUCCUGUCCAUUGUCUCUUUCCUCUUCGUUCUUUUCUUCCUCUUCUUGUCUGCCUUCUGUGUCUUCUUCACUUUCCAUGCUGGCGAAGACUUCUGCGGGACUCGCGAGCCUGGGAGUUUCAGGAAAGGUCUCAGACAGUCCGCAUUCCGGUCUCGAAAGGGCAGCCGCUAUGUCACAGAAAGCAGAGUUUCAAAACCUCUCCCUGCGAUACGAGUCUUCGUCGCGUCCUCUCUCAAGUGUCUCUACAGCGGCCCCCUCGCCGAGUGCGGGGACGCGCCGGCAUUCAAAGGCCGAGGAGGCGGUGGGAGAUUCCUCGGCGCCCCAAAGUCUUCCUUUCUCUGGAAACGAAAACGCCGUAGUUUGGCCUGCCUCGUUUCUUGCGGCAACAAAGACGGAGACACUGUGCGCCACUUUACACGAGACAGAAGAGCCUGUUUCUGCGACAAACGCGGAUCAAAACACCGAAGGCGGCAGUCGGGAAGAAGCAUCUCCGCUCAAACACUCAGGCCAGAGCGGUGUCUCUGGAUCCGUGCAAAGGGCGAAGCACUCAUCUGUCUUUGUCUCUCCUUCCGUGUUCCCUCUGGAGACGUCCUCCAGUUCGUUUUCUCCGUUUCGCGCAUCUCGCCCUGCUCCAUCUCCCCGGAUGUGUGGGUCGUCCGCUUCUUUCUCUCAGCGUUUGUCUCCCAGGUCCCCAAACGCGAUUUUCAUUCCUUUGCUCCAUGCGUACAUCGAGGUUGGCAGGCAGGUGGCACAGCUCUGGGCGCUACAGAUCUUGCACCCUGAGUUGGCCUUCUCCACUUCCUUCUCUUCGCCUCUACAAGAGUCUCUGCGUUCAUUUGCUCUUCCUGCAGUCCGCGCUUCCGAUUUCUUUCCAUUUCACCCUUCAUGUCACACUCCGCAGUCUGUCCAUUCCGGUCGCUUGAAGCCUCAGAGCGCAACGGAGCCACCGACUGAGGAAAGCGACCAGGCGAUGCUCCAAACGCGAAGCGACGAAGAGGAGGCAGAAGAAGGCGAGGAAGAAGAGAGGCGCGUCUUCUGUCACAGCUUGGUUGAGAGAACGAGAGGCCUGUGCGGCCGCGCUCGGGUGGCAGGGCGUGCGUCGCUGCGUCAGGUUUUCAGUCGGCUCCAAGAUGUCGGCGUUUCCGUGAAGGAUUUAGCGGCCUCAUUCGCCUCCGUAACGAUGAAAGAGCAUGUCGCAAAGGACGGAGAACAGGUGCAGAAGCGUACAGACGCGCAGACACACUACGUCUCCGUCCAAGACUUUGAACAGAGUCUCUCGCAGCUUCUCUCGUCCCCUGGAGAGGGUUCGUGGAGGGAUCGCGGGCCUCAGAAAGAGCAACAAGGAGGCGACGCAGAAGGCGAAAGGAAGAAAACGAAGAGUCUACAGAGAGGUGAGAGCGUCGGAGACUCGACCUGGGUAACAGGGCGAAACUUCGGCAGAGAGAAAAGGUUAGGACAAACGGAGACAGAGGAGACCCCAGUGACGAGAGAAGGAAAAGAAGCCGGCGAACUGGAAUUUGAAAGGCAUUCGUGUUUCCAGCUUGAUCGACGCAGGUCGCAGACACUGCUCUUGCGCCUCGCUGGACUGUAUCUCGCUCUCUGGGAAUUCAGACACAGGGCGAAACACGGUGGAUCUCGAGAAGCCUUCGUCGCUCUCUGCCUUCUACACCAGCUUAUCGAAACAUCGACAGCUGUCUCCAGCGUCUCUGUUAUCUCCUCUGUUUCACGCCCGAUUCGGGGAAACCAGUCGUCUCCCUCUCCGAGUUCUUCUUUCCGCCUCCCGCUACGUGGACCGUGGAACUGUCGCUGUCUCCCCGUUCUUUCCCCUCACCCGAGCGCUUCUGCGUCCUUUGCGUCCUCUGCGUCCUCUGCGUCCUCUGCGUCUGCUUUGUCUGCUGCGAUUGUGUUGGCGUCGAAGGCUUCCAUGCCUGGGCGCUACUGUGGCAAAGACGAAUCUGAUUUUUCUUGCGGAGGUCAGUCUCCUGGUGAGAGGUCUUCGAGGAGUACCGAGUUCUUCCGGUCGCUCUUUCAACGUCCUUUCUCGCGCCCUGAUGACUCUUGCCGACCACCGGGGAAUGUGCGAGUCCCUGCUGCCGGGCAGCGCUUGCGUGCUCCGGUCAUUUCGGUUCCCCGCCUUCUUCGUCGAUUUUCCGCCUUCUGCGAAAGACGCGAAACGGAGAACUGCGGUCAACACAGAGAAACGAGAGACCUAGACACUGCAGAGAAACCGGAGAAUGCCAGUCGAAAGACACGAGACGGACGACGACUCAAGGAGGGGUCGGCCAGAGCAGAGUGCGAAGAAGAAGAGAGAGAAGAAGAGAGAGAAGAAGAAGAGAGAGAAGGAGGAGACGCAGCAGAGGAAAUGGGAGAAGCAGAUGAAAGAGAAGAAGAAAGGGAAGAAGAAGGGGGGGAAGGAAUAGAGGAAGGAAAAGGGAGACAAGAAGGAGAACAAGUAAAAGAACAAGAAGACGCGGAGGAAGACGAAUCCGACGAAGAAGAGCGAGACGUCCCAGAAGGAGAAGAAGGACCUGAAAAAGCAAAGAAUACGACGGAGGAGGAAGAGAGGAGGAAAACGACGACGGGGGACGAAAAGACAAGAAGUCACUUCGCAAAAGGACUGCAGGAAAACGAGAAGAGGCACAACGACUCAGGAGAGGAGAGUAUGCAGAAUGGGAGAGAGCUCAGAGUCUUGAAGGAGACUCUCGCGCCAAUCGAGAAACGAGAAGAAGAGAACAGUCCAACAGAGAGCGUGGAGGACAGCUCUCGGAGGAGGACAGCGGAGGGAGACUGCCGUCACCUUCAGAAGAGAAAUGAAAUGAGAAAUGGGAGGAGUGUCGGAGCGACAACGGCUGUGCAGAUUGGGGAAGGAGAAGCAAAGACGGACGACGACAAGCUCGAAGAAUGCAAGAAGGCUGAAGGAGACAGAAGGGAUGGAGAAACGGUGUUCGACGGAGAAGAACACGGAGUCUGUGGCCACUCUAGGUCGCUGGAAACUGUUGGAGAAGAAAGGGAACCGACACAAGAAGGCGAAAGAGGACUAGAAAAAGGAGAAGGUGAACAACAAGUGGAAGAGGGAAGGAAAUGUUGCAGCGGGGAGACUGGUGAAGACGAGAUUGAGGGAGAUGAAGACGACAAGAGCAGGGACGUUCGUGUCGCAGUUGUUUUCCGUCCCCCUACCAAAGGCAAAUCGUGGUUUUCUCUUGCCUCUUCAUCCCGGUAUCAGGGAAGGUGCCAGGUGUCGGCACACCCGGCGCCGCCUUGUCUCUCCUCCCGUCAUCGAAGAACAACUUUCCAUCGAUCAAAAUGUCGCAAGUGUUCACGCAGAAAGUCCCUAGAUGCAUCUGCGACCGAUCCUUCUUCAACUCUGAUCACGCCGUCUCCUUCCUUUUGUGAGUCUUCUCUUCCUUCUCUCUCCUUGCCUCUGUCUUCAGCUCUUGCUGUGCGUUCUCGACUCUCGGACUUGGUGAGCUCCUGUCAACCGUUUUCUGCUUGUGAAAAGAAUCUUCCAAGGUCUCUCGCAAUGCGGUCUGCAGACAUGUUGUUUGGGUCGUUGGCAAAGAAGGAAAAAGAGCGACUUCCACUCUCUUCGUCUCCGGCCAAUGGAAACAGGCAGAAGAGACAAGGGAGACACGGCAACAGCGAAGCGCAAGAGCGCGAGGGCAGCGAAGAGAACGAGAGUGACGAAGGAAGAAAGCAACUCUGGAAAAACGAAGUGCAGCCGAAGCAGGCGUGGAAGGUGAAGAAGGUGGAGGGAGCGGCCGAGCAAACGAACACGAGAAGUGAACAGACGAAGAGCGGCAAAGAAGGAUUCUGCGUUGUCGCAAGAAGGUUCCAAAAGAAAAGAGAUCUUUCUCUCGGCGGCACUCAGGCUCACGAUUCGUCUGCUGUCGACCACGGGAGGACGUCGCGAAAACGCGUUCCGCGUACCUCUCUUGUCUCACGCGUGUUUCAGGAAGAUGCAGCAUUCACAUGUGCCUCUGUUUCGCACAGAACGAAAGGCAAGAUCCCCGAUUCGUUUAAAGCGGAGAAGGAAUUAAACGUUUCUCUCCGUGUCCCUGUACUUCCGCCGGCCGUUUUUUUGCCAGCGUUUCUUCGAGGUCCAGAGACAGCCAGAGGAGCAAACGAGAGAAAGACGGAGAGCAGGAACGAAUUGGGAGUCUGA